UGUGUUAGGACAGCCACGACAGAACGGUCCGUUCUUCCUUAUAUAUCGUCAAAUCUCGGAAGGUGCGAGAACCUCGGAAUUAGGAGGGGUUAUACCUGUGUCUGGUGCAUACGGGAGGAGGUUUCCAACUUAACAAACGUAUACUUAUCCUGUGGAAUAGGAAAAAGAUUAAUCUUGGUGAAUUUCCGUCCAUUUCGGUUUUAAAGAGCUUUUAAGCAUUCCAAAUAUACACUUGUCAUCAUGCAGACAUAUAUCCAGCUUCAAAGAAAUAGCCCCAUGGAUCCCUGGGGAUUCAGGCUACAGGGAGGAACAGAUUUCAAUUCACAGCUGUCUGUGAAAAAGGUGACAGAAGGCACACCCUCUUAUGGUCAGUUGGCCCCCGGUGACGCCAUCUUGGGAAUCGGUCAGAAUAGUACAGACAGGCUUACACAUAUGCAGGCACAUGACCUCAUUAAACGAUCCGGAAACGUGUUAAAUCUUAGUGUUUGCAAGGGCUACGGAGGUAUGGACGAAAGGUUGCAGAGUAUUAAACCGAAGGGCCCAAUCAAGUUCUCGCCUUGGAAACAUCAAUGAUGAAAGUCGUGCAAAACAGAAAUUGUUAGUUUUGCAACAACCGUCCAUAGUCAUCUCCGAAUUUCAUGACGAAUAAUGAAGUCAUCAGUUAUUGUGUUUUCGUCAUCAAUGAUUGUGUUUUGGGGUUAUUAGUGCUACUAGCCGACGUGACUCGCUUUUCGUGUGAACGUCAUUGGUGUUCAUUGCAGUAAUGGAUGUGUGCGUUAAUAGGCCAUUAAAACAUCAACAACAAGGAUCAACGACAUGAUGCCACGAGCCAUGCUUUCCCCGAAGUCUAAACGUAGUUCUGAUUGCGGAACUACUUGCUAAAACGCUAAGAAAGCUACAAGUGCAGUGAUUAUGAGUUCCAGUGACAAAAGACCUCGUCCUUGCUACCCGUUUCACAUCAUAAUUAAUACUGAUAAUAAUUUUCCAAAUGAUUAGCGAAAUAUUUUUAUUCGGUUUCGUUAUUAACGUUUGAAUUGAAAUAAGGUACACUUUUAUAUCAAAUAUGAUGUGAUUUAAUUUUAUUUAUUUUAGAAUAACAUUGAAUGAUGACGUGUGUGGUCACGUGAUGCUACGGAUAAAAUAAAUAGUGCGAUGCUGGAAUUUUUCGUCCUUACUAAAAAAACUGACAUUUUUUACAAGUAUUGAUUUUUUUCUCAAACAAAAGACAAAAAAGUAUACGAUGAAUGAGUUUACUCGAAUAAUGUGGAAUUAAUAAGGGAAAUUAAAUAUCAUAUUUAGUGUUUUGACAAUUUAUAUAUCAAACUGUUCAAUAAGCCAAGUGAUAAUGACUUUUUUAAACCCCGUUAUUUUUAUGUCCUGUUGAAAAUCUUGACAGCAUACUUCAGAUAUUGUUUUCAGUACUGAAGAUUUGUAUCUCGCUAAAAUGACGUAAUUUAUGCAAUAUGUGUGUGAUAUAGAUUUAAUGAUAUAUGUAUAUAUACAGAAAAAGAUGUAAACAUUUUGUUUUUUCUAAUAUUUUUAUAUACCCCUGGAUAUUAAUCAGGCCCCUGUAGAAUAAAAUAGAUGUUCAAAUCGGAAUUUUUAAAAAUUGCAUGAAUCAGACAGGUAGUUUGGAAAGACACACCAAUAAAAUAAAAAUAAAAAAUCUACCUCUUUACAAACACAUUGAUUUAUUGACAAAACAGAAACACAGAAAAUGUCCGGUCAAAGUGUCAUAUUUUCACAUUUUCUUUUCGAUAAAAAAUAUUCCUUAAUACAAAACACGAUGUUUCAUACUGUGUUUUUGAUAUUAAAGAGAAUUAUCAAAUGUAGACAAAAAUAUACGUACAAAUUAUCUCCUUUAAUAAUCUUUUAGCAUCUGAUCAACCUGUCUUGCCCUAUUUUCUAUUUACCUAUAUAUUCUGUGGUUAUGUGUUUUCAAACAUGUUGAACUAAACUUAAGGUUUUCGCUACAUGACUAUUGUAAAUGUUACCUUGCUUCUCAUCAGAAUGAAGGCUAUUAACAAUUUCCGUGUGUGAUAUUUUUUGGAAGGCGGGCAUCUUACAUCCCAAAUCAUCCAACCAUUUUUUUUUUUUUUUUUUCAAAACAAAUGGGCCGAUAUGUGCAAUACUGACUUUCAAUAGACUAGCGUGCGAGAAGAGAGAUGGUGUGAGUGCGAGUUAGUAAGAACCACCGACAGAUGUAGCUGCGGAUGGUUUGUAGGUUAACAAAACAUUAAAAGGAAAGUUUAUGUAUAUUAAACGCUUGUGUGUUUUUUUUUUUCCAUUUUGUGAUGUAAAAUUUAUUAAAGAACACAUUUGCCUUGA